CUAGCUCGUAGAAACGAUAGAAAACCCGGCAGAUUUAAGACGCGUGCCGUCUUAAGGUCAAGGUCAGGGUCCGGCAGGUUAUUAAAUUUCAGAGUUUCACUUUUUUAUCCUUUCGUUGGCGCCUGGACUGGGAGUGCUGUUAACAAUGAGUGUAUAUGGCUUUUAUGUGAUAAGCGAGUCUGGCUCACUUCAGUUUUACUACGACCAUUCAGAUGUUUGUGUGGACGUUGAAAAGAAAUUGUUGAUGGUAGACUCAUAGUGGAUUUUGGUGCUUCUGACGAUGUUAAAAUAGGAUAUACUGUCAUAUCUGUAGAUGGUAUGCCUGCGAAAGGGGUCUUACUGGAGGACAACAGGGAUAUACUGAAAAUUUUUUCAGAUAAAAGCAACUUCCCACUGACUGUGAAACUUGGCAGACCUCGACUACGUCCAAACGAUCGUAUUCAUCUUGCCAGCAUGUUUCAUCCAUUACACUCAAUGGCUCGACUUCUUUCGCCUAUCCCAGAUACCAAGUGUAAUUUUGUUGGACCGGCUGUUAGUGACAAGAAAACUCCACGUGUUUGGAAUUCAGGCAUUCAAACUUUAGAGACAGAGUGCUGUCGUGUGCAUUGUUUAGAGACGCAUACAGGUGUGAAAUUCUUACUGGUCACUGAUGUCAAAUUACCAAUGGCAUCGCGUGAAGCUCUUCGUAGGGUAUAUGAAGCGUAUACAGACUUUGUGCUGAAGAAUCCAUUCUACGCUCCAAAUCAACCAUUCAAUUAUGAAUUUUUUACGAAUCAAAUUAAAACUAUAUGUGAUCAGGUUGAAAAGGGAAUGUAUGUAUUAAAUUAA